AUGAAAAGAGGGGUGGAGCAUGGUUUAUACCACUAUCAAACUCCCAACACCCCAUCACAGUCAAUACAACCACCUAACUACCCAUCACAGCCAAUACAACCACCCAACUACCUAUCACAGUCAAUACACCCACCUAACUACCCAUCACAGUCAAUACACCCAUCUAACUACCCAUCACAGCCAAUACAACCACCCAACUACCCAUCACAGCCAAUACAACCACCCAACUACCCAUCACAGUCAAUACAACCACCCAACUACCCAUCACAGUCAAUACAACCACCCAACUACCCAUCACAGUCAAUACAACCACCUAACUACCCAUCACAGUCAAAACAACCACCUAACUACCGAUCACAGUCAAUACAACCACCUAACUACCCAUCACAGUCAAUACAACCACCUAACUACCCAUCACAGUCAAUACAACCACCUAACUACCCAUCACAGUCAAUACAACCACCUAACUACCCAUCACAGUCAAUACCACCACCUAACUACCCAUCACAGUCAAUACCACCACCUUACUACCCAUCACAGUCAAUACAACCACCUAACUACCCAUCACAGUCAAUACAACCACCUAACUACCCAUCACAGUCAAUACAACCACCUAACUACCCAUCACAGUCAAUACAACCACCUAACUACCCAUCAGUCAAAACAACCAUCUAA